AUGGCGGCCGUGGCUGCAGAGCCCGGAGCUGCGGCUCCGACAACAACAACCGGAGCAGCGGAGGAAGAGGGAGGACCGGGACCGGGCCCGGUGGCUCCGGUGGGCCCGGUGGCUCCGGUGAGUUCGGUGGUUCCGGGACAACCAGAAGCACCGCUGCAGAGCGACGGGACGCUGAGUAACGUGAACCCGGCCUGCAAGCAGCCUGCAGCCCGGGAGCAGCGCGGGGACCGGGCCCCGGUGCUACUGGAGCUACCGGAGCUACCGGUGCUGCUGGAGCUACCGGUGCUACCGGAGUUACCGGUGCUGCCGGAGCUACCGGAGCUACCGGGACCAGACCAGCUGAUCAAUAACGUUCCGGUGAGCCGGUCCGGACCCGGUGUACCGGGCAGCAGCCUGCAGGACCCGCAGCCCUCUGCAGUGUUCCUACUCUCCCCCCCGGUUCCGGUCCCGGUACCGGAGGCCGGACUCUCUCUGGACGAACCGGCGGAACCGACAGACCGGGACCGGGACUACACGGAGCUGAGACCCGGUCCGGACCCGGAGGGGCUGCAGGACUCCUGCACCGCAGAGGGGGGGCCGGGACCGGGACCGGGACCCGUCCAGAACCUGAACCUGGGCUCCGAGGUCCGGGUCUGCCUGGAUCACGUCAUAGAUGACGCGUUGGUGGUUUCCUUCCGGUUGGGAGAGAAAGUGUUCUCAGGUGUGCUGAUGGACGUCACCAGAAGGUUUGGACCGUACGGUAUUCCGAUCACAGCUUUUCCGAGACGGGAUCGUCCUCCUCUUCAGUCGGACUCCAUCAAACAGGAAGAGGUCACCGUCAGCCCCCCCCCUCCUCCUCCUCCUCCCCCCCACUCUUGGACCUCCAAACCGCCGCCGCUGUUCCAGGAGGGGGCGCCGUACCCCCCCCCUCUGCUGAUCAGGGACACGUACAACCAGGCGUUACCUCAGCCGCCGCCGCGGAAGAUUAAACGCCCGAAGCGGCGCUACCGCAGCGAGGAGCCGACCUCCAUCAUGAACGCCAUCAAGCUCCGCCCCCGCCAGGUGCUCUGCGAUAAGUGCAAAGGCGUAGUGGCGUCCGGCGGCCACCGGGAGGCUCGGCGCGGCCCCGUGGACCUGAGGGGCGAGGAGGCGUCCCGGCGGCGGCGCUCGGCAGACGGACCGAUCUCGUCCGAGGUGAAACGGCUGCGGAGCGACGAUAAGGGAAGCCGCGGCGCCGCGUCGUCAGGGAUACGCGUGACAUCAUCGUCUCACCGCGUCCUGAGGGGCGUGGCUUCGUCUCCGGCGUCCUCGUCCGGCCGCGUGAGGCUGAAGCUCAACUCCAAGAAGGUUCUGACCAAAGGUUCUACUGACCGGUCCAAAGCUCAGCAGGUUCUGAAGAAGCUGGAGAGGAGCUCGCAGCCGCCGUCGCACCGCCGGCCCAAAGACCAGAACCAGAACCAGAACCUGGACCAGAGCCAGAACCAGGACCAGAGCCAGAACCAGGACCGCACCAAGGCCGUCACCCGAGCCGCCGCCCUGCAGAACCACAACCAGAAGGUCCACUUCACCCGCCGGCUGCAGCAGCUCGGCGGCGCCGCCGUCGGACUGAACUCGGCGCUGCCGCCCAGAAUGCGGCUCAAACCUCAAAGGUACCGUACCGACGAAGGCCAGGUGCCCCCCCCCUCCUCCCCCCCCGCCUCCCCCCCCACACACAAGCAGAGCGCCCGCUCCUCGCCCCCCAAACCUUCGAGUCCCACACUGAGCCCGGUGCACGCCGUGCAGCCCCCCUCGCCCCCGCCGCCUCCUCCCUGCUGUGCAACCAGUGUUGCCAUGGAGACGCAGGAGGUGCAAUCUGCUGAGGAAGAGGGGGGGGAGCAGGAGGCGGGAGGAGGUGCUGGACAGGUGGUGGUGGUGGAGCUCCCCCCCCCCUCCUCCUCCUCCUGCUCCUCCUCCUUGGACUCCUCCACCUCACAGUGCAGCUUCACAGAGACCUCUGACCCCCCCCCUCCCGGAGACCCCCCCUCCUCCCCCUGCACCCCCCCGCCCUCCUGCUCCUCCUCCUCAUUCGCUCCUCACUGUCCCGCCUCUCCCUCCCCCGUGCCCCCUCCCCCCGGAGAGGAGGAGCCUCAGGUCGGCCGCGAGGAGGAAGAUGAGGAGGGAGGCGACCCGAAGAGGCGUCGUAAGUCUUCGACUUCCUCCUCUUCCUCCUCCUGCUCCUCCUCCUCCUCCGUCUUCUCUAAGACCGUGUCCAAGUGCUCGCUGCCCGACGGCCGGACGGUGUGCGUGGGCGACAUCGUGUGGGCCAAGAUCUACGGCUUCCCGUGGUGGCCGGCGCGCGUGCUGGGCAUCACGGUGGCGCGGCGCGGCGACACGGGUCUGGCGGUGCGGCAGGAGGCGCGUGUCUCCUGGUUCGGCUCCCCGACCACUUCCUUCCUGCCGCUCUCCCAGCUGUCGCCCUUCCUCGAGAGCUUCCAGUCGCGUUUCGACAGGAAGAGGAAGGGGCCGUACCGCCGCGCCAUCGCCGAGGCCGCCAGCGCCGCCAAGCAGCUGACGCCUGAAGUUCGGGCGCUGCUCACGCAGUUUGAGACGUAGCGAACGCCCCCCCACAGGAAGUGCGUCUGUCAGAGACUCAUACAGACGGAGGCGGGGCUUCUCAGGGCAGCGGGGGCGGGGCCUCAGUUUCAGUUCCUUAAAGGGUCAAACCGCUACAUACACAGGUUCACUCUUAUGAUGUCACAGUGAUGUCAUCAGCAGGAAGUACAGUAAGAUUUCCAGAAAGCAGAUUUAAGAUCUGAAUUUAACCUUUUUAGUUUCUUGUCGUCCUUCAUC